UCUCCCUCCUCCUCCUCCUCGGACGUGUGAGGCAGGAUCAGCGCUCCAUCAGGCGGAGCUCUUGGUGGAGAGAUGAGGGACACAAUAAAAACCGAGGCGAUGGAACCGUGAACGGACUAACAGCGCUACGGGCAGCCGGGCACAGGCUCCAGGCUCUCAGUGUAGAGCGGAAAAUCACAGAGAAAAAGUUCAAACAGAAGAAACCUAACACACAAGAAGUUUCCUGGCUCCAUGUCUGCCCCUGCUCCAGCCAAUCGGAGGUCUACGUCGGUCUCUCGCCGGUUUGACUACUGCAGGUUCAUAGAGCUAGACUACGUGCCCAUGGAGUCAAGCUAUAUGGUGUCAAUGCGCCCAACUAAAGGCUAUGUAUCGACCAAGUCACCGACCAAGGGAUACACUUCCACCAAGUCUCCGGACCGCCAUAGCCGCACAACAAACUCGCCCUCCACCCCACGUUCCCGGCGGACACCAGCCAGUAAUAGAGAUCCCUAUGGAAACGCUUCCCUCAGCAGCAGCAGCAACUCAGGCUCAUGUAAAGGCAGUGAAUGCAGCCCCACCAAAGGACGUCAUCAGAAGUACACAUCAUGUACAGACAACCAUGGUAUUCGUCCCCCUCCCCCAGAGCAGUACCUCACACCCCUGCAGCAGAAGGAGGUGUGUAUCCGACACCUGCGGGCCAAGCUAAAAGAAACCAUCAACACCCUGCAAGACAGGGACACAGAGAUAGAUGAGUUGAGAGGCCGGCUUUACAGGAUGCAGGAGGACUGGGUUGAAGAAGAGUGCCACCGUGUAGAGGCUCAGCUGGCCCUGAAGGAGGCACGUCAGGAGAUUCAGCAGCUCAAACAGGCUGUGGAUACUGUUCGUAUCAGGCUCAGCGAUGCCGGGGGCUUCAGUGGAGAUGUAGGGGUCCAGAAGUACUUCCAGGACAUCAAUACUCAGAACCACAAGCUGGAGAACCUUUUGCUCAGUAUGGAGUUGGCCCAGGCUGGAUUAGCCAAAGAGGGGGAGGCCAUGCAAGGCUGUCGGACCCGUGUUGGCGGUUCAGCACCAGCAUCUGUUUCAGGAGAGAGUCCUGGGGGAGUUCCCAAACUUACAGUAGGAGGACGAGGGUCUUGCUCUUGUGAUGGUUCCCCAGCUCGUUCUCUAACUCGGAGUUCCACCUACACAAAGCUGAGUGAUCAGGCACUGGCGGACCGGAAUGACAACGGGUCGGACUUUCCUUGUCUGUCAGGUGAUGGCACCCAGGACAGCGGCUUUGUGUGCUGUGGGGAGAGUAAUAUCCCCAGCCAGGCUGACCUGCUGCUGGAGGCCGCCUUCCUUUCUGAGGAAACGGCAUCUUUACUUAAUUCCUACACGCAAGCCUUCUCCCACUCUCUGCCCCAUUCUCAUCCCCACUCUCUGCCAAACUCUCUGCCAAACUCUCUGUCUCACACGUACUCCCAUACCUUACCUCAUUCUUUCCCACACAAUUUGUCCCACUCUCUGCCACACACUAUGCCGCACUCUUCUACCUAUGAGAAGCUGUGCACAGGUGAGCGGCUGGCACCCUUUCGUUGUGGUCUGGGUGGAGUGAGCUGUAUGAGUCACCCCUGUCUUUCCCACCACCACCUGUACCUGCACCCUUUAAGGGAGACUGGUAUUCAGACUGAAAGCUGCCCCAUCCCUACAACAGCAGGGUAUCCCUCUGAUCUGGAUACCAUUGCAGAGCAACGCACUUUCCGCUCCCAGGCCUGCAGCCCCACCUCCACCUGGAUGUCUGAUGAGGGGGAGGAGGAGCUGGAUUCCAUUACUACCACAACUUCAGUAACCACAGCAACUGUUAUGAGUACAGCAACAGAGCCAAUCCCAGUCUCCAAAACUCCACUGGUUCCACCUUUACCCCGGUCUGCCACUGUAGCAUGUUCUAUGGAAAGUCCUCUGCAUAGAGGGAAAGAGGGAGAGGAGGAGGAAGAAAAGCAGGAGAAAGAGGAAAAAGAGAAGGAAGCUCUUGUUACAGAGGAGCAGGUGGAGACACUUGUGAUCAGACUGGCAGAAGAAAGGCAGCAGACACAGAUGGGCUCAGUGGGAGGGAAGGUAGAAGGUCAGGGUGCUGGAGAGGAGGCAGCUCAAGGAAAACUGUGUGACCUUGCUGACUUGUCUGCAGGCUCACAGGGUGAGCUUAAGUUUGGAGGAUGCUGUGGAGAAGGCAGGCAGGGUGGGACAACAUUUGAAAACUUCAGAGUGGGGGACACGCAGCAAGAAGGCUGUCCUUCAGCAGAAUCAACCCAGGUAGAGACACCUGACCUGGGUCCAAGUGACCCGGGAUCGUCUCCAGCUAUAGAACAGCCUCACACAAUCCAGCCAAGAAGGUCUACUUCCCACGAGGAAAUAGGUGGUGUCACAGUGGUGGAAGUGCACGAUGAGGACAAUGAUUACGAUGAAACUAAAGAAUGCGAUGCCACAGGGGGCGCUGCAGCAGAGAGCGGAGAUUCAGCCAGCUCCGGGACGAUCCAGAAAAGCUACUGGAGUCGUCACUUCCUAGUUGAUCUGCUUGCAGUGGCCAUCCCGGUGGUACCAACAGUGGCAUGGCUCUGCCGCGGUCCAGUCCGGGAGGGACAGCCCAUGUAUCACAUAGGAUCACUGCUGAGAGGCUGUUGCACUGUGGCGUUGCAUUCACUGCGCAGGGGAGGUGGGCUGAGGCACUACCCCGCAGGCGGGGGAGACCUAGGAGGAUCACAGAUAUAAGAGGAGAAUCUGUUCAGCACCUCUGUGAUCCGUAAGCACGACCUUUCCCAUAUAGGUCUUGCUUGUUGGAAGAUUCUAGUGUAAGGAGGGGAGGACAAAGGACUUCCUGUCCUGCAGUUCUCAGCAAGAAUAGCUGAGAGGGGUUUAAGAAACAGGAAAUGUGAAGCUCUUGGACUGGCAAACUCUAUCCUGUUUUGGUCCUGCUCCUCAUUGUUUGCUGCCCAAUGUUCCCCGCUCUUGUUACCAAGAUGUCUGACAACUCUGACAAAUGGCCUGUGCAAAAGUGAAUAAGCUGAUUGAAAUGCCUGGAUGUAUGAUUGUUUAUUUUGAUCUUAAAUGCAGGGAAAAAUGUACAAGUUUCAUCGACUACACAACCUAUGAAUUGUGACACGUUCGAAUGGUCAUGUGUGCAUAUUUGACAUAUAUGUAUAAGAGCUUGUAUACACGUGUAACCGAGUUACUAAAAGCUACAGUCUCACCAAGUCACUGAGCAAUGACUGAGGGAAAAUCCACUCUGAAUCAGAAUUUGCAUGUUUCCUACAACUGCAGACAAUUUUCAGUGAUCGUCGAGACUGAAAUCUCAGAUUUGCUUCCAUGAAAGAACGAGACACACACACACACACACACACACACACACACACACACACACACACACACAAACAACUCAGGGAUGUUCCAAAGGUAGAAACACACAAACCCAUUAAAGCUGCUUCAAACCAUAAAUAUCUGUAACACUCAGCUGUGGGCAGAUCAAUUGUGUUGCCAAGUCAAAUUUAACCUACUUUUAUUCUUUCUAUGUUAGUACUUUGUUGGUAUUUCUCUCUUCAGGCCAAAGAAGGGUUUUGGUUGAACUCAGGCUGGGCUGUUUUGACAAAACAUCAUAAGAAGUUGGAUUGUUUAA